CUUUUUUUUUUUGGUAGUUUGCUUUGGCUCACCUGUGUUUCGACCGUUGCUUUUCUCAACGUCUCUCUCUCAUCAAGCUUCACCUUAUUCCCACCAUAACCAGGGCUCUCAAACUUGCUUCUGUUGACAGCUUGAACAGUUCCUUACAAAUUUGGUGAGAAAUAAGCAACCAUUCCCUCGCGAUUUCUGUUUCGACUCGAGCAUGAAAAAUUCAUAGAGAUUGGCGAGGUAAAGGGAUAGAGAGGUAAGAGAUAGAAAUGGGAUGUUCUACAUCGAAGUUGGAUGAUGAAGAGGCUGUCCAGUUAUGUAAGGAUCGAAAAAAGUUCAUUAAACAAGCCGUUGAGUAUAGAAUGCGAUUUGCCUCUGGACAUAUUGCCUAUAUCCAGUCCUUAAAAAGAAUUUCUGCUGCUCUUCGUGAUUAUGUCGAAGGAGAUGAGCCCCGUGAGUUCUUAUUAGAUUCAUACACAACCACCCCACCCUUUACACCCAUAAAGAAAAUGAGCUCAGAUUUCAUCUCUAUAUCACCAAAUUCCUUCUCAUUAAAACCAAUCCAAUCCAAACACAACUCAUCUUUCAAAAUAAAUUAUCUUAGGUCAGGUGGGAACCAAUCAGUUGCUGUAGAGGAGAGACCACAAUCACCUGAAACAGUUCGAAUUGAAACCUACUCUCCAAUGCAACAUUAUGGGAUUGAUGGGUUUUUCGCAAUGCAGUCCUCACCCAUGAAUUCCUCCUCAUUCUUUUCUUUUUCCCCCAACCAGAGACCCAAUUUUCCUCCCCCUUCACCUCAAAAUUCCCAAUGGGAUUUCUUCUGGAAUCCAUUUUCUUCAUUGGACUAUUAUGGUUAUCCCACGAGGAGCAGCCUCGACCAGACUGUCUUGGAUGAUGAAUACACUCGACUAAGGCAGGUUCGAGAAGAAGAAGGGAUUCCCGAAUUAGAAGAGGAAACUGAACAAGAAGAAACUAAUAAGAAGGUAAAUAUGACCAAAGAGAACAUUUACAAUAAUGUCAGCAGUGCUGAAGAAGAAGUUUUUGUUGAAGAUGUUGAUGAGGAUGAUGACGAUGAUGAUGAUGACUGCGAGACAGACAGUGGCAAUGAAACCAAAAAUGAAGAGAAAGGAUUACAAUCUCAGGGUAGGCAGAACACAGAAGUAUCAAAAGCACAAAAUGGAGGACAAGUUACAAAUCAAGAAACUGCAGUUGCUGAUCAAAAAUGUAAUGAAGGAACACCAGGGUUUACUGUCUAUGUAAAACGAAGGCCAACAUGCAUGGCGGAAGUUAUUAAGGAUCUUGAAGAUCAGUUCAUGAUUGUUUGUGAUUCAGCUAGUGAGAUAUCAGCUAUAUUGGAGGCUAGCAGAGCUCAAUACUCAUCAACCUCAAAUGAACUCACAGCUAUGAAAGUGUUGAAUCCAGUAGCUUUGUUCCGGUCAGCUUCAUCUCGCUCAUCCUCAUCAAGAUUUUUAAUCAACUCUACAAGCUCCAGAGAUGAGGGUGAUGAGAGUACUAGUGACUUCUCAGAGGAAUCCACUAUGUUUUUGGGUAAUCACCAAUCGACGCUGGACAGAUUAUUUGCUUGGGAGAAGAAACUCUAUGAGGAAGUUAGGUCUGGAGAACGGAUUCGCAUAGCGUAUGAGAAGAAAUGCAUGCAACUCAGGAACCAAGAUGUGAAACGAGACGAUACUUCUUCAGUGGAUAAAACAAGGGCAGCCAUUAGAGAUUUGCAUACCCAGAUUAAGGUCUCAAUUCACUCGGUCGAAUCUAUUUCAAAGAGAAUUGAAACUUUAAGGGAUGAAGAAUUGCAGCCUCAGCUUCUAGAAUUGAUACAAGGGUUAGCAAGGAUGUGGAAAGUGAUGGCAGAGUGUCAUCAAUCGCAGAAGCGUACAUUAGACGAAGCUAAGCUCUUACUAGCUGGCACGCCUUCAAAAAAGGGUAACGCAAAGAAACACACUAUGAGUUCACCUUCUGAGCCACACCGGCUAGCCAGUUCUGCUGCAAACCUUGAGACAGAGCUCCGAAACUGGCGAGCAUGUUUUGAGUCAUGGAUCACUUCUCAACGAUUCUACAUGCAUGCAUUAGCAAGUUGGCUCCUCCGUUGCCUCCGUUCUGAUUCAGAUACCUCAAAGUUACCAUUCUCCCCUCGUCGAUCAGUUGGGACACCACCAAUAUUUGGACUAUGCAUACAAUGGUCCAAGUUCCUUGAUGCCAUUCAUGAGGACCCGGUGCUUGAUGGACUCGAUUUUUUUGCAAAUGGUGUUGGUUCUCUGUAUUCACAGCAGCUAAAGGAAGACUCCCGGCAGACUCCGGUUGGGUCCAAGAGAUUUGGAGGUGGGUUUCUGGCGGAAUCUGGCGGGAAAAUGGAUAUGAUGGAGAUUGGGCAGUUGGAAGAGGAUGUAAUGACUGUUGAGAAAAUGGCUGAAUUUGCCGUUAGGGUCCUAUGUGCUGGAAUGUCAGUUGCUGUGAGCUCGCUCACAGAGUUUGCUGUUGGUUCAGCAGAAGGAUAUGCUAACUUGGUCAAGAAAUGAGAGAAUGCCAAGUCAUAGUCCAACAGACUAGGAUGUAAUUUCCGGUAUUUUGUUAGGUAGGUUUUUUUUUUUUUUUUUUGGUUAUUUCUGGUAUUUCGUUCGGUAAUUUCUGUAAUUUCUGGUUUUUUUUUGGCUGGGGAUAGGUAAUUUAGUAUGGGACUCCAUGUAAAUUUAACGUAAGUUUCUACACGCAUAGAAGUGGCUAUCUUACCAUCUAA